CAACCCACCCACCACCCACCCCAACCCCAACCCCCCCCACCACCACCACCCCCACACCCCCCCCCCCCCCACCCCCCCCCCCCCAAAAACCACCCCACCAACCAACCAACCCCCACACCCCCCCCCCCCCCCCAAACCCCCAACACACCACCCACCACCCCACCCCCCCCCCCCACCCAACACCCAAACCCAAACCCACACACACCCCCCAACCCCCCCCCCCCACCCCCCCCCCCCCCAAAACCAAAAACCACACCCCCCCCCCAACCCCCCACCCCCACCCCCCCCCCACCCCCACCCCCCCCCCCCCCACACCACACACCACCCCCCCCCACCCCCCCCCCAACCCCACCCCCCCACCACACACCACCACCCCCCCCCCCCCCCCCACCCCCACCACCCCCACCCCCCCCACACCCACCCCCAACACCCCCACCCCCACCACCAACCCCCCCCCCACCAAACCCCCACACAACCCCCCACCCCACAAACACCCCCAAAACCACCCCAACACCACCCCCCCCCACCCCCCCCCCCCCCCCCCCCCCCACCCCCCAACACCACCCCCCCCCACCCCCCACCCCACACCCCCCCCCCCCCCCCAAAACCACCCCACCACACCCACCCAAAAAACCCCCCCCCCCCCCACCCCCCCCCACAACCCCCCACCCCCAACCCCACCCAACACCCCCCCCAACCCCCCCCACCCCCCCAAACCCCCCCCCCCCCACAACCCACCCCCAACCACCCACCACACCCCCACCCCCCCCCCACCCCCCACCACCAACCAAACCCCCCCCCACACACCACACCCAAACCCCCCACCCCCCCAACCCCCCACCCCCCCCACACACCCCCCCCCCACCCCACCCCCCCACCCCCCCCCCCCCCCCACCCCCCCCCCCCAACCCAACCACCCAACACCACCCCCCCCCCAACCCCCCCACACCCCCCCCCCAACCCCCCCCACCCCCACCAACAAACCCCCACACACCCCACCACCCCCACCACCCCACCCCCCCCCCCCCCCCCCCCAACCCACCCCCCCCCCCCACCCAACCCACCCACCCCCCACCCCACCCCCCACACCCACCCCCCCCACACCCCACACCCCCACCCCCCCCAACCCCCCCCCCCCCCCCCCACCCCCCCCCCCCCCCCACACCAACCCCCACACCCCCAACCCCACAACCCCCCCCCCCCCCCCACCACCCCACCACCCCCCCCCCCCCCCCCCAACACCACCCCCCCCCCCCCCCAAACACCCCCCCCCCCAAACCCCCACCCCCACCCCCCCCCCCACCCCCCCCCCCACCCCCACCCCACCACCAACCCCCCCCCCCCCACACCCCCACCCAACCCCCACCCCACCCCCCCCCCCCCCCCCCACCCCCACCCCACCCCCCCAAACACCCACCACCCCCCACACCCCACCCCCCCACCCCCCCCCCCCCCCCCCCCCCAACCCACCCACCCCCCACCCCCCCCACCCCCCAACCCAACCAACCCCCCCCCACCCCCCCCACCCCACCCCCACCCCCACCCCCCCCCCCCCCCAAACCCCCACCACCAAACCCCCCCCCCCACCCCAACAACCACCCCACCCCCCCCCCACCCCCACCCCCCCCCCCACCCCCAAACCCCCCCCCCCCCCCCACCCCACCCCCACCACCCCCCACCCCCCCCCCACCCAUCCCCCCCCCCCCCCAACCAACCCCCAACCCCCCCACCCCCACCAACCAACCCCCCCCCCCAACCCCACCCCCCAAACAACCACCACCCACCCCCCACCCCCCCCCCCCACCCACC